AUGGCUUCGAAUUCUAUCAACAAUAACUCUUCACAAUUACCGAAUGUAAAAAUCACAAUAUCAACUUCAGCACGAGAAAGAUUGGAUUCUUUGUUACAACAAGAAGCCGAAUUCAAUUUUACGACUUCUUUACCAACACAACAAAAUGAUCAACAACUUAAAUUUCCUUCACAAGCUCACAUUUCUCAUAUUUCAGUAAAAUCAAGAAAUAAUGAAAAUAUAGUAGAAACUUCAGAAGAAAUUCCAAAUUAUGAAAACACAGUGGUAGAUAUGCCUCCAUCGUAUCCAGUCAGUUUUAAAUCGGAAAAAUCUAAUAGCAUAAUAUUCAUUCCAAGAGAAAAUCCUCAACCAUGGCCAAUAACAAAAAAAUUAUUCUUUUUUGGAUUUUUAUUUUGGCCACUUUGGUUUGCCGGAAUGGGAUUCUCGGUAUUUGCUAAAGAUGCAAAGACAAGAUUGUGGGGUCGUAGGUGUAUUUGGAAUUCAUUAAUUGUAGUAAUAGUUUUUAUUUAUAUAGUAAUCGCAUAUAUUCGAACUGACGGUAAAUUGAUUUCAUGA